GGCCGUUUUAAACACCCAUCAAUCUAACUUGACGUUUCUUAUGUUUUUGUGUUUAUUCUAAAAUUUUUGUUUUUUAAAGAUACAGAAAUGAGAAGUGCCAUUGCAGAUGACUCCCUAUUUAUUUAUCUAACUAAUGUAGCCAAACAGAACAAAUUUAAUGUAGGAUUAAUCUUGGGCCAGCAUUGUUUGGGCAAAGAUUUUAUUAUACAUUUCGCUAAAACACCCCCUAUAUUAAACCCUGAAGCCGAAGUAGCCCCAAAACUAUUAAAAAGUCUUGCAGAUGUAAAUGAAAGCUGGAUGAGUGACCAUGCAAGACAUGCAACAAGAAUGUUACCAGGAGGCAUGUGUGUAUUAGGAAUAUUUGUUGUUUCAAAGGAUGACAUUUUAAAUCCUUUGCAUGCUAAAAUAAAAACUAUAUUAUUGCAAAUACAUAAACAAUUGGAUUCAAAUAAGUUUUUGUUUGGUAAUUGGUCUACUGAAAAAUUAGUUUUGCAUUAUAAUACUACCUCACAGAAAUAUAUGUGUAAGAGUUAUGAUGUUAAUACAGCUAAUUUCUCCAAUGCAGAAUUUAAAUUUUUGCCAAAAGUUUUAAAAUGGGUUCAAUUUGAAUGCAAAUAUGAAAUGAACCAAAGUUAUAGUAUUUCACAGAACGAAUUAGAUUGGCCUAUAAAAGACCACAUGAAAUUAAUACUUGAUAAAGUGGAAAAAUCUUUAAAGCAUUCCUUCUUUUUAUUUGAUGGUGAAAAUAAAGAUGAAGAUGAAACAGUCGAGGAUAUUGGAAAGAAAGUAAAACUUCCUAGGACUAAAAAAUUAAGUCAUGAAGUUCUUGAGACAGACUCACAGCCUGUUUUGGUCUCUAUUUUUGAAAAUUGUAAUCAUGUUGAUACAAAGAGUACCUCAUCAUUAGAAGUGACUGAAUCAGGAGGUCAAAUACAAGUUGUUGGUCAUGUAGCUUCAAAAUUAUGGUUGAAUCCCAAAGUGUCUAUAGCCUGUGCCAAACAGUGUGUGAUGCAUGAUAUUAUUAGAAGUUUAACAGCUAGAUUAGAAAUGCAUUGGGACUCAUUGACUGAAGAGGAGCAUUCCGAAAAUCUUAAUAGUGUUCAUGAGCCACCAAGAAGGGUUUUAGUGUCCUUACCAACAAACAGCAUAAUGCUCUCUGAUUACCUCUUCCCAGGAGAAGGUCCUGAAGAUGCCCAGACUUCUUUGGAGGAAAUGCUGGACAUAAAAAUAACAGAUAAAAAUACUAUUUUUGAUGUAGAGGGACAAGCUGAAACAACUGAUUAUUACACUGAUAAUUUGGAAACAGACAGUGAAGAGACAUUGCCUAGUGUACAAGACACAAAUAGAUUUAUGUAUUUAGCAGGGCUAGGGCUUGCAUUGGUUGUUUUAAUAUUGUCAUUGUUGAUACAUUUCAUUAGAACAUAUUACUAAGAGUUAACAUGUAUAUAUUUAAUAUACCAUUUUUUAUUUAAUUAAUGUUUGUUUUAUAUAAAGGUUGUACGUAAAUUUUAAAUUUCUUUAAUAAACUGUUGAAUUAAAAUAAUACAAAUUUAUUUUAAGUAUUAGUUUUGAAAAAUAAAACUACUAAAUAACAAUUAA